UCGGUGCACAGCUUUUGCCUGCAAAACAGCCAAGUAAUAGUGGAAGUUGACAAAAAAUUUGUCAAAAAAAAAUAGUGUUAUCGCAAAAAAAAAAAUUUGUGGAUUUCCAAGCACUUAGCGUGCGCGAAAAAAAAACAAAAGUUAAUCAAAUUUGCGGCUCGGCAAAUUUUUUCGCACUCUAAGAACGAUUUUGUGGAGCUCAUCACAGCACCUAUAGCAGCAGCCCUCUGUCAAGCAAACGCAGUGUUUAGCAAACGUAAUACAAAAUGCCGGAAUUAACGCCAGUUCAGGAGUUCUACAAGGACAAAACCAUAUUCAUUACGGGUGCCUCGGGGUUUAUGGGCAAAGUUUUGGUCGAAAAGCUGUUGUAUUCUUGCUCCGCUUUGAAGGAGGUCAUUAUUAUUGUACGUCCAAAACGCGGAAAGAGCCCUGAAGUUCGUUUGGAGGAAAUGUUUAAAUUGCCCAUUUUCCAACGUAUACGUGAAGAGAAACCCGAGGUGCUGAAGAAAGUUACCAGUUUCAAUGGUGAUGUGACUUAUGAAAAUCUCGGGCUUAGUGGCGAAAAUUUAAAGUAUGUCAUCGACAAUACAAACAUCGUCUUCCAUAUGGCGGCAACACUCAAAUUGGAGGGCAAUCUCAAGGAUGCCAUUGACAUGAACACCACAGGAACUCGUCGUGCACUCGACAUUGCCAAGCAAAUGAAGGGACUUGAGGCAUUCGUACAUGUUUCCACCGCCUUCUGCAAUUGCGAUCAGGAAGUUAUGUACGAAAAGGUUUAUGAAUAUCCACACAAGCCAGAGGAUCUCAUGCGUCUGGUCGAGUGGAUGGAUGUUAAGACACUCGAUUCCAUCACACCCGAAUUGCUUAAGCCACACCCAAACACAUACACCUACUCGAAACGUUUAGCUGAGAUCUUGGUGCGCGAUCAUUAUGAAACGAUGCCGGUGAUUAUAGCCCGUCCCAGUAUUGUAUCGCCAUCGGCGUAUGAACCUGUUCCCGGUUGGGUUGAUAAUUUGAAUGGACCCACUGGUCUUUUGGUGGGCGCCGGUAAAGGUGUUAUACGUUCUAUGCUCAUCGAUACGCGUUUCAAAUCUGAAGUUAUACCAGUUGAUUAUGCCAUCAAUGGACUUAUCGUUAUGCCCUACGAGUUCAAUAAGCAGGCAACUCGCCCCGCCUCCGUACCCAUUUACAAUAUCACAGCAGCCGAGCAUCGCAAAAUGCAAUGGGGCGAGGCUAUCGAGAUGGGCAAGAAAAUUGGUUAUGAUUACCCGAUGGAGUUGUGUUUGUGGUAUCCGGAUGGUUGUAUAACAACAAAUCGAUUGCAUCAUCAAAUCAAUGUUAUACUUUUCCAUUGGUUGCCGGCAUAUUUCAUAGAUGCCAUACUCUUCCUAUUGGGUCAGAAGCGUUUUAUGUUACGCGUACAACGUCGCAUUCAAAUAGGACUGAGUGUGCUGCAAUUCUUUUCGAUGCGUUCAUGGGUAUUCAAAUCUCCAGCAUUUGAUGGACUCUGGAAAUCGCUGACACCGGAAGAUAAGCAAAUCUUUAACAUGGAUAUGGAUCCGAAAGAGUCCAUUGAAGAAUAUAUGCUCUCUUGUCUGCAUGGUGGCCGCCUAUAUCUGAUGAAAGAAACGCCGGAAUCAUUGCCGCGUGCACGUCGCAAUCUCAAAAUCCUAUACGUGUUGGAUCGUUUCUGUAAGGCUGUGAUAGUAGGCCUACUAGUAUAUUGGCUUUAUAAUCGCAUAGCGUCCUUUAUCAAAAAAACUCACCCAAAAUAUCACUCACACCAAACAACCACCCACUCACACAAUCACACAUACAUACAUCCAUACACAUCUCAGCCAACUAAUACCCUCAUUGUGGCGCGGUUCACUGUGACUCCUGCCGCCUUUGAGCCGAAAGAAGGUUGGGUGGACAACUUAAAUGGACCCACAGGUCUGAUGAUUGGCGUUGGCAAAGGCGUCAUACGCUCCGUGCUUGUAGAUGAAAAUAAUCGCUCCGAAGUUAUUCCAGUCGAUUAUGCCAUCAACGGACUGAUUGUGAUGCCAUACGAAUUUAACAAGAGCAGCGCACGUCCCACCGAGGUGCCCGUCUACAAUAUCACUAAUGCCGAUCAUCGCAAGACGAAAAUGGGUGAUGUGAUCAGCAUGUGUAAGCGUUUGGGACGUGACUAUCCACUCAAUGUGGGGCUCUGGUAUCCCGAUACUGUUAUCACAACCAACAAGUUGUACCAUCAUUUCAAUGUGCUGAUGUUCCAUUGGUUGCCCGCAUACUUCUUGGACUUUCUACUACUGAUAUUCGGGCAAAAGCGAUUCAUGGUCCGCGUACAAACACGCAUUGCCAUAGGCCUAGAUGUACUGCAAUUCUUUACCACGCGCUACUGGGAUUUUAAGUCACAGAAUUUUGAGCAAAUUCAAGAGGUUUUGUGUCCGCAGGAUAACUUAAUUUUCAAAAUAGAAAUGAAUGACGUUGAUGAUUACGAUUAUUUGCGUACCUGCAUUCUUGGAGGACGUCAAUAUGUUAUGAAAGAACCACUGUCCUCAUUGCCCCGGGCGAGGACACAACUCAAAUUCUUAUACAUUUUGGAUCGAGUUUGCAAGUUCACUUUCCUGGCCAGUAUGUUUUAUUGGCUAGGCUCCAGGAUUGGCGUUUUUGAGUACUUGCGUGCCACUUCAAUGGAGAAUGUUAAAUAAAUUUAGUUGAAAAUAAAUAUUAGAUUUUUUUUUAGUUUUAUAUAUAUUUAAUGUUAUAACUGUUACAUACUAUGUAAUGAUCUAAAUGUUAAUCGCGCUUUAAUUGUAAAUAUUUACAAGGAAGGUUCUUAACCUUUCUAUAACUUCGAUUGAAAUAUACAUUUGGUG